CUCCCUCUUCCACUAUCGAUCUGCCACGCUGGGGCGACUUGCCGUCGAUGACGAAUCUCACCCACCAGCCUGCAACUUCACUUUGACAUCUACAAACCUGUGCGCCAUCACCCUGCGAUUUAACAUCUCCUAAGCAUUCUAGGGCGCGUCUCCCUACUCCUCAACGGGUGCCGGACCCUUCCCACGACCAUCCAUCACCGUAACCUCGGGCUAUGCGCAUCGAGCGCAUCUACAUCUAGGCGGCCUCGCACACAGACACCGCCCGAAACACACAAUGUCCGCCCCCGACGAGAGGACUCCUCUCAUCUCCCCCGACCGCGAGGGUGCGGUUACGGAAUCGUCGCCGCUUCUUGGAAACCAGGAUGACCAUCAUCGCGAGACCAACGGGGGUAAUGGGACCCCGCCAAAGACAAAGGCGUGGAGUCUCUGGCCCUGGCCCAAGAAGGACGCCGCCAAGCCCGAGUCCUCCUUGCGAUGGCCCUCCAUUAUCGCCAUCACGAUCCUCGCCAUCCUUGUCAUCAUGAUCAUAUUCCUAGGCUUCAUCGUUCCUCCGGCUGUCCAGAAAUACGCCGAGAACGCCGUCGUACUCGAACCGACGAACCUGUCAAUCGAGAACAUCACCUCUACCGGAAUUUGGGCCCGAGUCCAAGCCAACGUUCGGCUCGAAGGCUCCCGUGUCGAGGACAAGAACUCUCGCCGUAUUGGCAAAGCUGUCACCGGGAUGAUGCGGAAGAUUGAGACGCACGAAACGACCGUCAAUGUGUUCCUACCCGACUAUGGCAACGCCCUCGCCGGCACCGCCGUCAUUCCUCCCCUGGUUGUAGAUCUUGUUGAUGGACACAACACUGAGUUGGACUUUGUGACCGAAAUCCAACCUGGCUCCGCGGAGAAUAUCCGAAAAAUCGCCAACGAUUGGCUGGAUGGCAAACUCGAGCUGCUCAGGGUGGUUGGCAAAACCAAUAUUCAGCUGAAAUCGGGCAUCUUCCCCCUGGGCGCUCACGAUGUGGCGGAAACCAUGGUCUUUGAAGCCAACAAGAUUCCUGCCUUGCCCGAGUACAAGAUAGAUCGACUUGAUCUUCACGACGUUCCGGUCGAUGGAACUGGACGGAAGGCGAUCCAGGCGGAUGUGUCUGUCACCGUGCACAACGACUUCCCUGUCUCACUUCAGGUUCCAUCCCUUGGGUUCGAGGUCCUCGUCCCUAAUUGCGACUCCUCACUACCCUCCAUCAGCGUGGCUGAUGCCACAACGGAUAUAAUCAAGGUCCGUGCCAACAAGGACGUCAAGGCGGAUGCUCAGGGCGUCAUCAGGGAGAUUCCAGAGUCACUCACGCGGGCUUGCCCCCACUCAAGGUCAUCGCCCCUGGAUGAGUUCAUGAAGCAUUACCUCCACGGCGAAGACGCUCAGGUCUUCGUUCGUGGAAAGAGAUCCAACGAUUCAGAUACGCCUGAAUGGAUCUCUGAGAUCCUCGAAAGUAUUACCGUGCCAAUCGAAUUUCCGGGACGGUCAUUUGACAGCUUCAUUCGCAACUUCUCAAUAACCGAUGUCGACUUCAAGUUGCCGGAUCCGUUCGCCGAUGCGAAAGACCCCAAUAGCGAGCCUCGAGUCUCCGGUACGACGGAAGUACUUGCAGUUGUUCCACCCGAGCUGAAUGUCGACCUGGGAGUUGACAGCCUUCGUGCUACUGCUGAUUUGUUCUACGAGCAGCGUAAAUUUGGUGAACUGCACUUGCGUCACUGGGAGAAGGCCAACUCAACCAAGGUUGAUCCUGAGGGUGAUGAGAAUCUUCUCAAGAUCACCUCCAGAGUCAUUGACGUGCCUCUAACCAUUACAGACAGCGAUAUCUUCAGUGAGGUCAUGCAAAAGCUCCUCUUUGGCGACGAAGACCUCCUUUUGGACGUCGAGGCGGCUGUUGAUGUCAGGGUUUCCACGGUACUCGGCAUAUUGACUAUCAAGAAGGUUCCCGCGAAGGGCAAGAUUCCAGUAAACGGGCUUCCUGGGGAUGCAUUCGCUCAGUUGAACCCACAGGUCGGGGAGAUACAGAUUCUAAACACCUCUGAUACAGGAGUUCAUCUGCAAGCCUUGGUGAACAUCACAAACCCCACGCAGUAUACUGCCAUCGUUCCUUACAUCAACAUUCAUGUCCUCCACGAAGGCGAAAUACUUGGAGAGGCUAUCGCUAGAAAUAUUGAUUUCGGCCUGGGCAACAACACAAACAUCCUAGUACGCUCAACUUGGGAUCCAGUACGGUUUGGGGGGGAGAGGGCACACAAAAUCGGCCGCAAGCUUCUCUCAGACUACGUGUCUGGUAAGAACACUACAAUGACAGCCAAGGCCCAUCGCGACAGCAUCCCGACCUUACCAUUGAUUGGGGAAGCACUGUCCAAGUUCAACUUUACGAUUCCGACACCUCGGAUUAGAGUGCCUGGCGAAGAUGAAGAUGUGAAGCAGCGGUUUAUCACAGAUGCCACCUUUCACAUAUUUUCUUCGUCUGCAACUUUCACGCUCGUUUCGCCGCUGCAAUUUAACACGCUAUACAUCGAGCGCAUCAACGCAACUGCAUUUUACAACCACACCGAACCUGUUGGGCAGAUUAUCCAUGAUGAAUCCUUUGCCGUGCCACCAGGACGGUCGGAGACUCCCCGCCUGCCUGUUCAGUGGUCGCCGGAUCACGUCGGAUACGACAAGCUCAAAAAAGCCCUUGGCGGGACUCUCAAGCUGGAUGCUGUCGGGGAUGUUUCUAUCAGGUUAGGAAAUUGGGUAGAGGAUAUUCACUAUACCGGCGAGGGAAUCGGAGCAAAGGUCUCCCUCUAGGCCGCAUGUUUAUGAGGAGAGCGGUUGGCGUUGGGCAAUUUUUGGUUAUAGGGUGGGAUUAGGUUAUGGGUUAGGAGACGGCGUACUCGGUGCAUAGACACAUCAGCAUUACCUAGACAAGCAAUUAUCUCAAUGGGAUUAUCCUUUAUUCUGUUUCA